UCUAUUUUCUCUUCUCUCUGUUUUCUCUAUUCUUCACUUCUCUUGUCUUCUCUUAUUCUGCUGCUGGGCCAUUUCUACUUCUACUUCUUCUUGUGUGUGGUAUUAGCAGCAUCAGCAUCAUCAUCAUCCAUGUUUUUGCUGUACAAUAACACAAUCCCUGUGAGAUUAUCAGAGCCUCCUCCUUUUCUACCUAUUCCUCUUCCUCCUCCGCCCUGCUGCUGCUGGCUCCACUUGCUGAUGCUGCUCCUCUUCCUUCCUUCCUUGCUUCCUUUCUCUUCCUGCCCUUGUUGAGCCUUUCCUUCCCCCUCCACUUCUCCUCACUACCUCUGGUGUUGCUGCUGCUGCUGCUGCUUGCUGGGCUCUUUCCCUCCCUUCGUGGCGUGUCUUGCUUGCGCAGCUUGUAGGCAGUACUCGCGUAGGUUUUUGGGACCGAUUAUGGCUUGAGGUUUUACUUCACAGUGCGAGCGAUGUCAAGCACUUAAAAUUUUCAUGAAGCACCUGAUCGGUGCAAAGAGAUCGCGGCAGCAUCCCUUACGCUCCUAGAAUGCAGUGUGGGUCUUGGUCCACUUCCUUAGCCUCGUCCUAAUUCAAUGCCCUAACACAUGGCACGUUCUUAUCGGCGACUCUUGAAGAAUUUUGGUCACUCCCAUUCAUCACGGUUUACAAACUGUCUACUUUUAGAAGCUUAGUGUUUUCGAAGCGAAUCAAUUUAAAUUCCGUGGUGCAUGGUUUGAGUCCACUUGGAUGGCAUAGUGUAAUCUCGCUGGAUACACUUCACACCCUCGUGGUUUACGAGUGUGUGCUUUAAGCAUCAAGGACAUCCUAUUUUGAUUUAUUUUUUUCGAGGAUCCAAAGUUAGAUUUAUAGUCGGGUUCAACUAUCGAUGUUGUUAUAUUACAGCGACAUCAGCGUUGCAACCAUUCAAGACGUGCAUCGUGGCUGUUGUGAAUGUAAGGGUUUCCGUUGGUCUGAGGCCCUGUCCCAUCAGAAUUGCUCUAAUCUGAGAAGGGAAGAGGACAUUCAUCAGCAUGACUAAAGAGGACUUUAUGGACCAUUCCGUGAACGAGGGUGGGAAUGGAGACGAGGAGUACAGCCUUGUUACGGAGAGGUUGAGGCAGCGUACUAAUAGGAAACCCAUAUAUGUGGAAGAGGAGGAAGGUAUGGAAGGAGAUGAAUGGGAAGAGGAAGCAGAUGAGUUUGAAGAAGAGGAAGAUGAAGAGAAAGAGGUCCUUAAAAUGGAACAGAGUGAAGACUUCUGCAGUAUUUGCCAUCUGGGAGGGGAUUUAUUAUGUUGUGAUACAUGUACAGCAGUCUUUCAUCUUGGUUGUUUGGAUCCGCCCAUGAAGGUUGUGCCACGUGGCAAAUGGAGUUGUCCCAAAUGUGCAGACCCACUUGGUGACGUGGAGAAGUUCAUCGAUACCCAGAUGAGACCAAUGAAAGUUCCCGGUAGAAUAGCUCAUAAUGCCGAAGAAAAAGUUUCAGAAGACCAACCACCAAAGUUGGUAAAGCAAUAUUUGGUCAAGUGGAAGUCAAGGUCUUAUCUGCACUGCUCAUGGGUUACUGCAGAAGACCUAGAGAGGGGUAUGAAGACUUUUGCGGGCCUUCGAAUGAAACUGAAUCAUUUCCAUAAGAUGCUCGAUGGAUCUAAAAAUUGGAACACACCCGACGAGGAUCGCAUGCCGAUUAGACCUGAGUGGACAACUGUUGACCGAGUUCUUGACAUGAGGCACAAUGGUGAUAUCACUGAAUACUUGGUCAAAUGGAAGGAACUUGGUUAUGAUGAGGCCACAUGGGAAGUUGAAGAGGACGUCUUAGCUUUUCAAGCAGAGGUAGAUAAAUUCAAGGAGAUAAUGAGUCGUCAAGCAUUGAAAAAGCGAAAAGGUUCAGCCCUUGACAACAAAGAUCUUAAGCGGCGAAGAAAGGACUUCAAACCCUUUAAAAAGACCCCCAAGUUUUUGGUUGGAGGUUCACUGCAUCCUUAUCAGCUCGAGGGCCUGAACUUUUUGCGGUUUGCAUGGGAGCAGAACAAGCAUGUUAUAUUAGCCGAUGAGAUGGGCCUGGGAAAAACGAUUCAAAGUAUCUCACUUUUGGGGUCUCUAAUAGAAGAAAAUGUGGGUCUCCCCCAUUUAGUUGUGGCUCCACUCUCAACCUUACGAAACUGGGAGCGAGAAUUUGCCACUUGGUGUCCUCAAAUGAACGUGGUCAUGUAUGUUGGGUCCUCUCAAGCACGGGCCAUUCUUCGUCAGUAUGAGUUUUUUUUCCCUCAAAAGAGUUCAAAGAAAUCAAAAGACAAAGGAAAGAAAAAGAUGGCAGGGGAGAGCAAGCAGGAUAGAGUGAAGUUUGACGUAUUGCUGACUUCGUAUGAGAUGAUAAAUCUUGACACUACGAUUCUUAAAGCUCUCAAGUGGGAGUGUUUGAUUGUGGACGAGGGGCAUCGUUUGAAAAACAAGGAUUCUAAACUCUUCCAAACUCUCACAACUUUCUCCACGCGACAUCGAGUCCUCCUUACAGGAACACCUUUACAGAACAACCUGGAUGAGCUCUUUAUGCUGAUGCAUUUUCUCGAUGCAGGCAAGUUUAAUAGCUUAGAGGAGUUUCAGCAAGAAUUCCAAGACAUUAAUCAGGAGGAGCAAGUUGGACGGCUGCACAAAAUGUUGGCACCUCAUUUAUUACGCAGAGUGAAGAAGGAUGUUUUGAAGGAGAUGCCACCAAAGAAGGAGCUUAUUUUGCGAGUAGAACUGAGCAGCCUUCAGAAGGAGUUCUAUAAGGCAAUCUUGACAAAAAAUUACCAGAUAUUGGCCAAGCAGGGCGGUCCUCAGGUUUCGCUUACAAAUGUGGUUAUGGAACUGCGCAAGUUAUGUGGGCAUCCUUAUUUGUUGGAGGGGGUUGAGCCCACUGUGAGAAAUCAGGCUGAAGCUAACAGGCAGUUGUUAGAAAAUUCGGGCAAACUAUUACUGCUGGAUAAGAUGAUGACAAAAUUACACUCUCAAGGCCACCGAGUACUUAUUUAUUCUCAGUUCACGCGCAUGCUUGAUAUUCUGGAAGAUUGGCUGCAUUUGAAGAAAUGGGGUUAUGAGCGAAUAGAUGGUAAAAUCAGUGGGUCUGAACGCCAAAUUCGAAUCGAUCGUUACAAUUCACCCAACUCUACCAAGUUUUGCUUCUUGUUGUCAACUCGAGCUGGAGGUUUGGGUAUCAACUUGGCUACAGCAGACACCGUUAUCAUAUAUGAUAGUGAUUGGAAUCCACAUGCAGAUCUUCAAGCUAUGGCUCGUGCUCAUCGACUUGGUCAACAGAACAAGGUGAUGAUUUUUCGUCUUGUUACUCGUGGAACAAUUGAGGAAAGAAUGAUGCAGAUGACAAAGAAAAAAAUGGUCUUAGAGCACUUGGUUGUGGGUCGCAUGAAGAAGGAAAAUAUAAAUCAGGAGGAAUUGGAUGAUAUUUUGCGGUAUGGUGCAAUGGAGUUGUUCAGCGAGAAGGACGAAGAUGGGAAAACUCGUCAAAUUCACUACGACGAUUCUGCUAUUGAUAGGCUUUUGGAUCGAGCCCAAGUUAAUGACGAGGAAGAGAAAGCAGAUGAUGAAGAAGACAGUGACUUGUUGAAAGCUUUUAAGGUAGCAAAUUUUGAUUAUAUAAAUGAAGAAGAUGCUGCAGCAGCUGCCGCUGAAGAGGCUGAGAAAGAGGCCCGUGCCAAGCUGGAAGCAGAAAUGGAGGGACAAGGACGAGCACAGUUUUGGGAUAACCUUUUGAAGGACCGAGUUGUCGAGCAGCAAGUAGAGGAAUUUGAAGAACUUGGGAAAGGCAAGCGAAGUCGUAGACAGGUGAAGCCUGGGCUAUAUUCUCAAGAAGAUGAUCUAGCAGGAAUGGUUGAGGUGAAUUCCGAUGAUGGGCAAGAACCUGAGUGGGCACCUACUACGGACGCAGACUCUCCCGGUUCUUUUGGAGAACCUGGCGAAGUCUCGGGUAGUAAAAAGCUGCCCUCGUCAAGAAAGAGAGUCAAAGAGCGUAUGACAGGCGAGCCACCGCCGUUGAUUGAGGGAGAAGGCCGAGAACUUAGGAUCCUUGGCUUUAAUCAUAGGCAACGCUCCAUAUUUGUGAACGUUCUUAUGAGGUUUGGCUUGGGGGAUUUUAGCUGGUCUGAGUUUAUUCCUCGUCUGAAACCCAAGACGCCUGAGGAAAUUAAGGAUUAUGGGACUCUAUUCCUAAGCCACAUUGCGGAAGAUAUAAACGACUCUCCUUUUUUCUCUGAUGGUGUCCCUAAGGAAGGUCUUCGCAUCCAAGAUGUCUUGGUACGGCUAGCGAUUUUGCACCUCAUUCGUGACAAGGUUAAAGCUCUGUCAGAAGACCCAUCAAUACCUCUUUUUUCUCCAGGGUCACACAUAUACCGUUAUUAUUCUCUUCGUAACACGAAAGUUUGGAAGGAAGAGCAUGAUCGGAAGCUGUUGUACGCAAUAUGCUCGAGGCAUGGCUAUGGGAGAUGGCUAUCGAUUGUAGAAGACCCCCAGCUGGGAUUGGGUCCUGUUAUUCGCGGUGAACUGCUUCUACGAGGUGUCAAUGACAUUGCGGGCCCUUCCAAAAAUGGCGAAGCGCCUGUUCCUGCGGAAGACGAAGGACCAUCUGGAUUGCCGGCUGAGGCUGACAGAGAAGAGAGAGAAGCUUAUCUGCAGAAGCGGAUGGUGGACUUUGUAAAGAGAAGGGUUUUGGUCUUGGAGAAGGUCCUGAAUGCAGAAUACCAUUGCACGGGGGGAGACGUAGUUCAGGUUGAGGAGGCUCCCCCACAAAUGAUGACGAAUGACCAAGCCAUGAGAGGUCAUCAAUCUUCACAGAUGAUGAUGAAUGAUCCACAUGUGCGAAGUCAUCAAGUACCACAAACGAUGAUUCACGAUCCUGGCAUGAGGGGUUAUCAAUCACCGCAGAUGACGAUGAAUGACCCAAUGGUUAGAGGUUAUCAGUCGCCACAAACAAUGAAUAGUAGUGUGGGGAUGGGAAUUCAGCAGCAACCGCAUUAUCACUCGAUGCAACAAAUGCGACCUCCUGUGCAGGAACGCGGCCAUCCUCCACCUCGACAUCCUGUGAUAAUUUCUCCUGAGGAACUUGCUGCAAAUGCUUACGACAAUGAAGAGGGCCGCCUGAAAGUUGCUCAAAUAUAUAAUCAGAUUUGUGCAACAGUAAACGAGAACGAAGGGGAUGCUAUUCAAGCUUAUGGAGGAAACAAAUCGGCUGGGCUUCGGGUUCGGAAGGCAUUGCGAGAGAUUGAGAUUCUCUGUGUAGACAUGCGUAACGCCCUGUUCGAUCAACCUCUACGAAAGACGGCAGGUCGUAAGAAAAAAGCAGAUGAGGUAGAGGGAGCAGAGCCUGCUGGGGAGGGAGCCAAAGAUGGAGUGGAUGGUCAGUCCGAUGAUGGCCUCGAAGACUUCAAUGAAUACUACGAUAGAGAGAUAGAUUCCGAUAUUGAAUGUGAUGUUGAGACUAGGCGACCCUCUUCUACUCCACCUAGUGAACCUAGCAACGAAGUUCAUGAGUACCAGUUCCUUAAGAAAGCAGACGCAGAUGUAGGUGAACGAUCUUGGCCUCACGGAUUGCAAAGUUUGAAGCCUGGGAUGCGGAUGGACUUGGGCGGGCCUAGGCAGGCUCCUCCGCAGAUGACACCCCCAGCUCAGGGGACUCCUAGCGUCGUUCUUCAGCAUGAAGAAGGCAAGUGGCCUCCUGCCGUCGUAUACUUGGACAGAGAUUGAGUUGAUUGCUUAGCUUUUAACUUUGUAGAUGAUACCUUCAUUUAUUUAUUCAAGAGGGUGCAGGUGAAGGUUGUGGAUGGGACCUUCUUUGAUGUGCGCCUGGAUUUCCAGCUUUGCAACUUGUAAAUCUCUUCUUUUCCGUGUGUUAUGCUGGAGUCUUUUUUUCGUUA